AUGGGCCGAGGAUAUAAAACCCCGCGUGGACCUCGUCGUCACUGGGGAUGCACAAACCUGGGGCCCCAAUUGUUGCAAGAAGAACCGGCCGGGGAAAGCUUCAGUGCCGCCAUCGCUGCCUAUUUAGAGAGCCGGACCGCAAACCGUUUCUGGGUUAUUGGGACUGCUCAGAGUGUAACAGUCAACCCUACUCCUUCUCGCCCUUCGCCACACCACACCCCAUCCUUGGGCACAAGCCAAUGGUAUAGAAACCUCCAAUACGAGAGGAAGUUGUUUGACUGCAAAAUGGACAGAAGAAAGGAGGGCCCGGUCCUCAAACAUGUGGACGAUGUCGAGACGGGGGCCGAUACCUACGCGGCCAUCAUGGCCACCAACAAACCCAACCCGCGAGGGCCUGGGUACAUGAAGCUGUAUCUUCUCGCCGGAAUAUGCUUUUUCUGUUCGACCAUGAACGGUGAGAGGUCCUCUAGUGAUUACACGUUUUCAACACUUACUUACGCUACGAAAGGUUACGACAGCGCUCUGCUGGGGUCCAUCAACGCCCUGCCAAAUUACACAGAAUACUUUGGACUUCCUGCUAAUGGAAACGCGAGCACCGGCAUCGUCUUUGCCAUAUUCCAGGUUGGUCGCGUCUCGGAUCUUCUUGGCCACCAGUUUUUAAUACCCCGGAUGCAGGUUGGCCAGAUGUGCGGUGCCCUCUUCAUCUGGAUGGCGGAUUGGUACGGCCGGACGUGGCAUAUCUUCUUCGGCUGCCUAGGCGUCUGCGUAGGAGCGAUUAUCACGGCACUUUCUACCAGCCUGCCCAUGUUCAUCGGCGGUCGGUUCAUACUGUCCUUCUUCGCCACUUGCGCCCACACCUCGGCGCCGCUUUACCUGGUCGAGCUGGCGCCUGCGACGUACCGAGGGACGAUUGCAGGGAUGUACAAUACCUUUUACAACGUGGGCUCGAUCCUGGCAACGUCAGCCGUGUAUGCCUGCCACCGCUACCUCAGCGACAAGGGCGAUCUGGACUGGCGUAUUCCACUAUGGCUGCAGAUGGUCUGCCCUGGACUCGUGUGUAUCUUGAUCAAGUUCUUCCCCGAGUCGCCUCGAUGGCUUGUGGCACAGGACCGCCACGACGAGGCCAAGAACAUUAUCGCGACCUACCAUACCAACGGCGACCUGGAUCACCCGCUGGUCGACUUGCAAAUGAAGGAGAUGAUUGGCUCAGUCGACCCGGCUCAUGUGCCGUCCUGGAAAGAUCUCUUCGACCUGCGAGUCCUUGUCGAGAGCCGUUCUAGCCGUUACAGACUCAUGCUCAACGUGGCUUUCUCCUGGUUUGGGCAGUUCAGCGGCAACAACAUUAUCUCUUAUUACCUUCCAAUCAUGCUUUCGGGUGUCGGUAUCACCGACACCGACACCAAGCUGAUUCUUAACAUCAUCUAUUCCGUCGUCGGCUGGGUCUUCUCGACCGCCGGCUCGCGCCUCCACGACGUUGUAGGCCGCCGCAAGAUGCUCAUCACCGCCACCUCCGGCAUGACCGUCUGCCUAGCCGUCGUCGCGGGCUGCUCGGCAGGCUAUACCGACUACGGUAACACGACGGCGUCAACCGCCAGCAUCGUCUUCAUCUUCCUGUUCGGCGCCAUCUUCGCCGCGGGAUUCACGCCGAUGCAGCCCAUCUACCCGGCCGAGGUCGUCAGCAACAGGAUGCGCGCCAAGGCCAUGGGUACAUUCAAGCUCACGGCGGGCGCGGCCGGGUUUCUGAACACGUUCGUUGGGCCGAUUGCGCUGUCGAGUAUUGGAUAUUGGUUUUAUGUCUUCUUCGUCUCGUGGGACAGCUUCGAAGUCUUGUUCAUGUACUUCUUCUUUGUUGAGACCAAGGGCUUCACAUUAGAGGAACUGGAUGACGUUUUCGAGGCCGAAAACCCACGCAAAGCGUCUGUGCAGGCCAAAAAGAGACAAAAGCGAAUCAUGAGGGAGGGCGGAUUGGUUACUUGA